AUGUCUUCCGUGAAGCGGAGAAAGACCGAUAAAAAUCCAUCUUUGGAGGAUGUGAAAUCGAAGAAGACAAAAGAACUCCCCCACACCUUCCCAGAGCCAAUUGAGGAUACUGAAGAUAACAGAGUUAUCGAAGAGAAUGAGGAAGUUGAGGAGGAUGAGGCCCCAAAGUCUUUUAAAGAUUUGGGCAUCGUCGACUCAUUAUGCGAAGCAUGCGACACUUUAGGAUACAAGGCCCCAACUCCCAUUCAAAGGGAAUCUAUACCACUCGCACUUCAAGGGAGAGAUUUGAUCGGUCUGGCAGAAACUGGUAGUGGAAAAACUGCCGCAUUUGCUUUACCAAUUCUUCAAGCUCUACUCGAUAAACCACAACCCCUCUUUGGAUUAGUAUUAGCACCGACUCGCGAACUUGCAUAUCAAAUUUCCCAACAAUUCGAGGCUCUUGGGUCUGUGAUAAGAGUAAAAUGUGCUGUCAUAGUUGGAGGAAUGGACAUGGUACCGCAAUCCAUCGCUUUGGGUAAAAAACCUCACAUUAUAGUUGCCACUCCUGGUCGUCUUCUCGAUCAUCUAGAAAAUACAAAGGGCUUUUCAUUACGGUCUCUCAAGUACUUGGUUAUGGACGAAGCCGAUCGACUACUCGACCUAGAUUUCGGACCUAUUCUCGAUAAAAUCCUGAAAGUUUUACCCCGAGAGCGACGAACAUAUCUCUUUUCCGCAACUAUCAGUUCUAAAGUCGAAAGUCUUCAACGAGCAAGUUUGAAGGACCCAUUACGAGUAAGCAUCAGCAGCAACAAAUAUCAGACUGUCUCGACUCUUAUUCAAAAUUACAUUUUCAUACCAUUAGUUCACAAGGAUACGUACUUAAUCUAUCUUUUGAACGAGUUUGCAGGUCAAUCCGCCAUCAUUUUUACACGGACAGUCAACGAGACGCAGAGAAUAGCAAUCUUGUUACGUACCCUUGGGUUCGGAGCCAUUCCCCUACAUGGACAACUUUCACAAUCUUCUCGCUUGGGUGCUUUAAAUAAGUUCCGUGCAGGUUCAAGAGAAAUUCUUGUCGCAACAGAUGUCGCUGCUCGUGGUUUGGAUAUCCCCUCAGUUGAUGUUGUGUUGAACUACGACAUGCCACAGGACAGUAAAACAUACAUUCAUAGAGUUGGACGUACUGCUCGUGCAGGAAAAUCCGGACACGCAAUUAGUUUUGUGACUCAAUACGAUGUGGAGAUUUGGAUGCGUAUCGAGGCAGCAUUAGGAAAGAAGCAGGACGAAUACCCGACGGUGAAGGAUGAAGUUAUGGUCUUCAAACCUAGGGUAGAAGAAGCUCAAAGACAUGCUAGGAAUGAGAUGAAGAAUUUACACGAAGAUAGAGGUAAGAAGGGGGCAGUAUUGAAAGGAAGAAGACCUGCGAAUGGUGCUAAAAGAGGUCGUGAUGAAAUGGAUAGAGAAGAAGCUUCCCGUGUGUUAUGGCGUUCCAAUGGCUUCAAUCCAAUGAUUGGGCACACCAGGCGCAGAGGAUUGGCAGAUGCUUCGACAAAUGAUAUGACACUGCCUCUGAAAGGGUACAAAGUAUUGGAUAUGACUCGAGUGCUUGCAGGUCCAUACUGCACACAAAUAUUAGGAGAUCUUGGUGCAGAAGUAAUAAAAGUCGAGCAUCCGACGAAAGGUGAUGAUACUAGACACUGGGGACCUCCUUAUGCGAAAUACUUGGAUGGAUCAGGAAAGGAAGGGCCCGGAGAAAGUGCAUACUUUUUUGCUGUUAACCGGAACAAAAAGUCCCUCGGAUUGUCGUUUAAACAUCCAUCGGCAGUCAAAAUCCUCCAUAAACUCGCUGCAGAGAGUGAUAUUCUCGUUGAGAACUAUCUACCAGGUUCACUAAAGAAAUAUGGGAUGGACUACGAAACACUGCGAGAAAUAAAUCCGCGAUUGAUAUACGCUUCUAUCACCGGCUAUGGUCAAACUGGUCCAUAUCGAAACCGAGCCGGAUAUGAUGUUAUGGUUGAAGCUGAGAUGGGAUUGAUGCACAUCACUGGAAGUAGGGACGGACCUCCCGUGAAAGUGGGGGUUGCCGUAACGGAUUUGACGACUGGCUUGUAUACUAGUAACAGUAUUAUGGCUGCUUUACUGGCAAGAGGAAGAACAGGACGGGGACAGCACAUUGAUGUUGCUCUAUCAGAUUGUCAAGUUGCCACGUUAUCGAAUCUGGCAAGUUCGUGCUUGAUAAGUGGGAAGAAGGAUGAAGGGAGAUGGGGGACUGCUCAUCCAUCUAUCGUACCAUAUCGUUCGUACAAAACAAAAGAUGGUGACAUCUUGUUCGGUGGAGGAAAUGAUAGAUUAUUUGGACUUCUAUGCAAUGGGCUUGGACGCCCAGAGUGGAAAGAGGACCCACGAUUUGUCGUUAACACAGCAAGAGUUGCUCAUCGAGCAGACUUAGACAGCUCUAUAGAGAAAAUCACUCAAGACAAAACUACCAAAGAAUGGCUGGAUAUUUUUGAGGGAUCCGGGCUACCUUAUGCAGCUAUCAAUGAUGUCCAAGGAACAUUGAAUCAUGAGCACGUGUUAGCAAGGGAUAUGGUAAAAGAGAUGGAUCACGAAUAUUGUGGUCCAAUUAAGAUGGUCAACACUCCUGUAAAAUACAGUGAGAGCAAGCCAAGUAUACGAACAGUACCUCCUAUGCUAGGACAACAUACAGAUGAGAUUCUUAGAGAUAUCUUAGGGAUGGAUGAAUCUGAUAUUGAAGCAUUGAAGGCCGAAGGAGCUAUGUCGUUGGGUCUUGUUGCUCUUCAACACGCAAGGCAUUAG